AUGGAUUUAAGAGCAACAAGAACUCAACCAGAUCAGCACCUACGACUGGAAAAAACUAUAAAAAUAAAACAACUACUUGACAAACUGCAUCCCAGAGGCAGGAACCACAAACUAAGAGCUGCAGAUGUUCUUCAGAUAACAGCACAUUCAUUACAGUGUCAUGAGUCUUGUGCUGAACAGGAGCUGGUCAAGAAUUAUCUACAGAAACUACUGAUGAUGAACUACAGAGCAAGAAACAUUCAAACUAAAGAGACCGAUGAACAGCAUCACACACAAGAAAGAGACAAUGACUUGUCUGAAGAUGAGGAGGAUAUUUUUGAUGAAAGAUGUUGGUCUGGUUUGCCUAAUACUUCCCUGGACUCUGUUCACCCAAUGGAUGUUCAGAUGGCUGUGUUUCAUUUUGCUGAUAGUGUCCUAAGACAGAUGAUGAUCACUAAACUCUCACAGUGUCAGUUCGCUCUUCCUCUGCUUAUUCCUGAUCCAUUCACACAACAGAUUCAGUUUCCUCUCUGGACAUUCAGACAAAUCAACAAGAGCUGGAAGAUCAGAAAUAUUGAUAAUAAAAUAAUCAGUCAAGUCCAGCCAGUGUACAAAGCAGAAACUCCAAUGGUGUCGUUCUUCAGGUUUGGUUCUGUGUCUUCAUCUAAAUCUCAGCUGAUGAACAGUCUGAUCAAUGAGAAACACCACACGUUCUUCCACAGAAAUUGUCCAGGCAGCAGUAAAACUAGACUACUAAUGGACGGAGUGGUGGAGAUCACCUGGUACUGUCCAUCUGGAAAAGACACAGAUACAUUCACUGACUGUGUUGCCUUCUGUAAUCUUCAUGGUGAUGCUGGAGACAAUGAGAAACAGCUGAAGAUUCUCACUGAAAUAUCUUCAGUCAAUGUUGUUCUUCUACCACAACUUGACAAGAAUGACAAAAACGCAAUUAAGAUACGAGAGCUGUACAGAGACAAAAAACCACUUAUUUGCCUUCUUACUGAGGAUGAAUCUGCUGCAAAGCAGAUGAAAGAGAAAUACAAAAUUGGCUUGAAAAAUAGAAAUCAGUCAGAUGUAUCUGUAGAACUCAGAAGAGCUAUAAAGGAUUGUUUCUCAUAUUCAGCAUCAAUGUUCAGACUUCAAGAUGUGUCCAAUCACUCAGAUAUCGGAGUAGAUGAGGAAGAUGAUGAAUACUACAGGAGAGGAAGAGAAGCAGCACAGCAGAUGAUGAGUUUACUGGAGAAUAAACCUUUGACAGAAAUCAAAGAAUCACUUCUGCCCUGUCAGGGGAAACUGUGGCAUCAGUGGUGUCAGAAGAACAAAGAACUUCAUCGACCUCAAGGGGAAGAACUUGAGCAAGAAAUAAGCGUAAAACAAAUUGAAAUGAAGAACAUUCGUGAACAGCAACAUGAAUCUCACAUCAGUGAGUUUAUCAAGUUUUUUAUAAAACAAAUGAACUCAAAUGCUGCAUUUAGAAUGCUUUUUCUCAAAUUUCUCGGAAUCUUCAUGGAUGAAUUUACCUCGGCUGAUCUAUCGGCUCUACAUCACAAAUAUGAUGAAAAGUGGUCAACAGUCUUGGAACAAAAAGAGAACCAUGAUAAAUCUGAACAACUCAAAGCUGAACAAACAGAACUUGAGAGAAUAUCUGAAGAACUUCAAGCAGCAACCUUAGGCUUGGAGCACAUCAUGAGAGAGAUUGGUCAGAUCUAUGAAUCAUGUUUAUCUGUGAAGAAGGAUAAGAAAGACCUGCAGUUUCCCUUCUCUUCUCUCCCAACGCUUGCGGCAGAGAUGAUGAUCUCUGGAUAUCCACUGGAGCUGAUGGAUGGAGAUGCUGCUCAUGUUCCUCUGAUCUGGAUUACUGCUGUUCUAGAUGAACUCAUUCAGAAACUGGGAGAUCAGAGAGUCUUUGUGCUGUCAGUUUUAGGGAUUCAGAGCUCUGGGAAAUCCACCAUGCUGAAUGCCAUGUUUGGACUUGAGUUUGCUGUCAGUGCUGGCCGCUGCACCAGAGGAGCUUUCAUGCAGCUGAUCAAAGUGUCAGAGGAGAUGAAACAACAGAUUAAGUUUGACUAUAUUCUGGUUGUUGAUACUGAGGGUCUUCGGGCUCUUGAACUGAAUGGAAGAUCCACAAGACAUCAUGACAAUGAACUGGCCACAUUUGUUGUUGGUCUUGGACAUCUAACACUGAUCAACAUCUUUGGAGAAAACCCCUCUGACAUGCAGGAUAUUCUUCAGAUUGUUGUACAGGCCUUUCUGAGGAUGAAGAAGGUCAAGCUGACCCCCAGCUGCAUGUUUGUACAUCAGAAUGUUUCAGACGUCACAGCUGGAGAGAAAAACAUGGAGGGAAGGAGACGACUGCUGGAGACACUGGAUGAGAUGACAAAACUUGCUGCACAAGAAGAAGACUCUGAUGCACAAUGUUUUAGUGAUGUCAUUAAUUUUGAUGUACGUCACGAUGUGAAGUAUUUUGCUCAGCUAUGGGAGGGAAGCCCACCCAUGGCACCACCAAACCCAAACUACUGUGAGAAUCUUCAAGAACUAAAGGAAACUAUUAUUUCACAAGCUUCAAAAUCAGGUGGAAUGAUGUUGAAUCAACUAAAAGAUCGUAUUCAAGAUCUCUGGGAGGCUUUACUGAAUGAACAAUUUGUGUUCAGCUUCAGAAAUUCUCUAGAGAUUUCAGCAUACAGGAGACUGGAAACAGAAUAUAGCAAGUGGUCCUGGACUCUUCGCAGUGCUAUGCUGGAAAUUGAGAACAAACUACACAACCAAAUAGAAAAUGAAUCAAUUUAUGAGGUUAGCGAAGGGGAUCUCAAAAGUGAACUGAAAAUAAAAAGGGAAGAAGUGAAAAAAUCCAUGUCUGAUUUUUUUGAUAAAGACACAGAUAACGUUAUACUCCUUCAGUGGAAAGAGUCUUUUGAAAUCAAAGUUAAAGAGAUUCAGGGGACCAUUGUAAGAAAAACAAACACACAAUUAAAUGAGAUUCUUCAGCAGAAAGACCUGAAGAGAACGAUUGAUGCUCAGAAGACACAUCAUGAAAACACUCUCUUAGAAAAGAGCAAAGAACUUGCUUUAAAACACAAAGACAAAACAAAUGAUGAAGAAACUCUAAAGAGAGAGUUUGAUUUGUUUUGGGAAGAGCGUGUGAAGAAGAUCAAAAAAGAAACUCCUCCAAUCAAAGACAUUGACAUACUGAGAGAUGUGAAAAAAGUCAUCAGGGGUUUCUAUGAAAGGGUCCCUGUAGACACCUGGAAGGGGAUCAAGGAUAUGUUCAUUAUCCCAAGUUAUUCAGAUUAUGUUCAGUUAAAAAAAUCACGUGGCAUUACAGGACCUGUUAAAAAUGCCAUCAAAGCAGCUCAACAGAAGUUUGGUUGCACUCUGUCUGAAGAGGAUGAAAUGCAAAUAGGAAACUUGAUCACAAGCAUUGCUCAGCAAACAGACAAGAUGGUCAAGUCAUUUGACGUAGCAAAAACGGGCUACAACAUCAGCUAUAUUUAUCAGCUCACAGAUUACAUCAAGACAAGAAUAACAGAGUAUGAAGAAAGACAAGUGGAAUAUGUGUUCAAGAGUGAAUUCUUCAUAGAUUUGGUAUUUUAUUUAUUUAAAAUAGCAAACAAAACAUUCACUGACCAAUACAGAAUGUUCAGAGAAGCCAAUGAUCCUGUUUUCUAUUUGGAAAAGAAGAGAGAAGAAUACUAUAGUAUUUUCCAGAAAUUCUGUCAAGGAGCAACAUCAGCUGCUAUUUUCGGUGAAAUCAUCUGUCAGAAACUGAAAGAACCCAUUCAACAAAGUGUUUACAAACAGACUGCCAGAGAUUUAGCAGAUGAAAUGAGAUCAAACUGUCCAUCACUGAAUGGAAACAGAUCAAAUCUGGAGAAACACACCCUGAAGAGACUGGCAGAAAAGGAGAAGUUUUAUAACUACUUGAAAUACAUAAAAAAUCCCAGAAAUCGCUUUAAGAGUUUUAUCAGAAAUGAAGUGGAUCAGUACAUCAGAACUUGUUUCUUUACCAGUGUUCAGCCCAAGAUGAAACAGAACAUUGAACUCCUGCAGAAGAAGAUCAUGACAGCAGCACAUGGAUCUACUGAACAUGUUCAAGAGAACAGUGGUGAUGUUGAUUUGUGGUUGAGGUUCUUCACCCAGAAGCUCUCAGAUGUUCUCAUAUUCUCUGUGAAGGACUUCAGUGGAGUAAAACGUGAUGAUGUUGAUGAUUUCAAGCUCCUAGAAGAUGUGAUAAUUAAAGAUCUUCUUUCUGUAAUGUCUGACAUCAACAGAGAGUUCAGCACAGAUUCAUUUAAUAAAAUACUGGCUCUUAGCAACAGACCAGAAGAGAUUCUGAUUGAUCACUUUUGUCAGUGCUGUUGGGUUCAGUGUCCGUUCUGUGCAGCCGUCUGCACCAACACAAUAGAAAACCACGAUGGAGAUCAUAGUGUUCCUUUUCAUCGUAUUAUUGGAAUAAAUGGCUGGUUUUACCAUGGAACACGAAACCUUAGUAUCAACAUCUGCACAUCUUCAGUAGCAAGUGAUAAUCAUUUUUUUACAAAUGAUUUAAAUGACUCUGAUGACUCAGAUGAUGAAGUCCCCUGGAGAGAAUACAGAACAGCAGGACCAUACGCUAACUGGAGUAUCACCCCUGAUCUCUCCGAGCUGCCUCACUGGAAGUGGUUUGUGGUCAGAUUCCAGAAAAGCUUGGAAAAACACUACAGAAAAACGUUCCAGGGUUCUGGCAGGAUUCCAAAUGUAUGGAGACAAAUUACAAAACAAGAAGCUAUUGAGAGUUUGGAUAAAAACUUUUAAUGAAUAUAAACUGAAUGAGCAGAUAAAGAAACCUAAAGGGAAACUGCCCUUUAUUAUUAUUAGUAGUUUGACAAUUAAUACACUUUACUUACUCAAAUUAACUGCACAUUUAAAUCAAUAUCAGGGGGUGGGAUGAUGUACAACUCAGUGUGUUGAUCCACCUAAAUACAAUAUAAGAUUGAGCAGGACCAAAUCUCAGGUGUCUGAGACACCUAAAGUGGUAUUAGGAAACAGAGACAACACAAAGAAUAAAUCUCUACUACAGUAAUAUAAACAAAUUAACUAGGUUUUCUUGAAACAUUUAAUCAAGUAAUCACAUACAUUAUGUUUAGUCUAAUUAUGCUUAGAAAAGCCACCAAAUUAACGUAAUGAAGGCUUUUAAUGAAAGGCAGGUAAACAUUGACAUUUAAAUGCAAUGACUAU